UGACCUAAGCAUCUUCUCUCCGAAUAAACAUGUCGGAUCGCACGUCGAGGGUUCUUGCCAUCUUACAGACCAUUUUAGGGCUUGUUCUCUUUGUCUUUGGCAUCGUAGACUUAGCUGUACAAUUUUCUGCUUCUUUUUACGUCAUUAAUUUCGGAUUUGCAUUGGGCAUAUGGACUUGCUGCACAGGAGGAGUGGGAAUCAAAGCGGCUCGCCAAGAAUCAUUAUUCGACAAAGGCGUUUGUGUAAAUAUUUUCUCGUGUGGCUCCUUCAUAUCUGCUUUGUUUGCUGGAAUUAGCUUAAUCUGGAGCAUCGGGUACUGUGUAUAUGGAGAGAGUGAAAAUGAGACACAUAUUGGAAUAGGAGGGGUCUUCUGUGGAAUUGGCAUACUUACAUGCGUUGUUGUGUUUCUCAUUGGGAUCUGGGUAACCUGUUACCUCUGGUGUAAACUUUGUACAUGUUGCGAUAGCAUUCCACCAUUCCAGGCGUCUGAUGCAGGCGUUGGCAUUGGUGCACUCCAAACUGUCUCCCGAAGGGCACAGGACAACCAACCUCACAUAGUUCAGCAUUCUGAUUCUACGGCGUUGGAUAAUUCAGCUCCUGCGUAUGAAGCCGUUGCCUCAGGUUCCCAAACUGUGCAGGUUGACAUGCCUCCGUCCUAUGAAGAGGCAGUACGCAAUGAAUGGAGAACGUAUGUUUAAGCAGUUUUAAAGUGUCAUGGUCUUGUCUACCAGAAGCUAUUGUAAGCUGCACAAAUUGUGAGUUCUAACGCGAACUCAUGCACGGAUCGAACUAUACGUUCCUCUAAACAAGAUCAGAACGCUUACUUGCAUCUAGACUGCGAGUAGUCCCUCUUUCGCUUAGUCAGUCGCGCGUGACGCGAAAGAAAACCGCGAGAAAAAAAUGGCCGCGCGAAAUCCUGGGGGCAAGGAGCUCGCGAAAGGAGGGACUACCGCCUAAGCCCAAGAGUUUGAAAUUAGAAGCAAAUAAAACAUGCUUCUUUACUGUGUUUUUCUCAUUUUAAUUGUGAUUUAUUAGCAAGCUAUGUCCUCAAACAAACGGGUGUUGGAAAAGAGCUUCUGUACUGAUUUGCUGUUUUUUGUUAUCAGUAGCCAUCAUUCAGGCCUCGUCCACACUAAAGCGGAGGAAUUUCACACUUAAAACGCAUGAAAUGUUUUCCGUCCACACUAUGCCAGAGAAAUUUGAAAACGCAACAACAACCGAUCAUUUUGGAUUUGUGGUUGAGAAAAAAUGGCGCAGGGGAAGAUCAUACUUAUCGUAACGUUAUCGUUUACGAAAAGCUUCGUUUUUAAGAUGUUUUCCGUCCACACUAAAACUCAAAGCCGGCGUUUUCA